AUGAAGAGGGUAACCAAAUGGAAGGAAUGGAUUUGCACGUCAAUCUGCUCAGCACUGAAUAUCGUAGGAGAAGCUGGCUUUGGUGGAUUUGCUCCUUUGGCUUCACCAGGAACAAGCCAAGCAGUAGAAAACGACCAACUCGUUGGUGUUUUUACAUCUAAUGUUGUAUCAGCUUUAAGCCAAGAGGCAAAUGAUCAAAGUGGUGGAAGUCACUUGGUACCUGUUGCUGCUACAACAUAUUCAAUCCAACCAGUAGAUCAAGAUCCUGAAGGUAAUGUCAUCACUACCAGUGUAACAUUGAAAACCGUAUCUGUCAAAUGCAAGUUAGAAAAUUUACCAGCUAUAGUAACAGUUGGCAGCGACUCAUCUACAGCAAAUAUACUACUGGAACCUUUAGACGGCCUGGCUAUUUCUGGAAAUCGGCGCUCCGAUGAGAAAAAUAUGUCAGAAUAUGGAAACACAAUUCUAGCUGCUGAAAGGAUUUAAACGAUUCUGUCAACUGUUUAUUUUACUGGUGGCGGCAAAACUUAUUAUAAACAACAGUCAGAUCAAAUGCUCUGAAUAAGACAUAUAACAUCGAGCAUGUACGUGUACGUGUACGCACAUGUAGUUAAUAUCUUUACACAAAAUAACAUUCUCCCCGCUUUCCUUAAUCCGAUAAAUCUUUACGUUUAAAACGUUAAAUAUUUGUUGCACAUGUUUGUGUGAACAGAUACUGUUACAAUGUUGAAAAACUUGUAAUGAUCUAAAGUUUACACGUCAGACACUCAAAUAAACAUUGAAAUCCUACACGUGUGCCUACUCGUACAUGUACAAAAAUCUGUAUUAAACAUGUGUUCUUAAUGUAAUUUAAUUUUUAAAAUAGUUAACAAUGUCCCCCGCAAAUGGCCAUUUUUCACAAAACAUAUUACAAGCCAUUACAACAUCUUUGUUUAUCACUUUUUAAGUAAGGAUAGAAAACAUACAAUCAUAAAUACAGUAUGUAUAACAUCAUCAUAAAGAGGUACGUAGUUUGAAAAUUCCUUGAAAUUUAUAAUUAUAGCAUGAUUGCAAAUGUUAGUAUCUGCAUUUAAAAGAUGUUAGGCGAUUUUAUAUAUAACUGGUAAUAAAAAGAAAUAAAAUGUUA